AUGUUCGAGGAGUACAACCGGCGCGAGCGAGUCGUUCGCGUUAACACCCACUUCCGAAAACAGUACCGGGAGUUGCUGGAGAGCCAAGAUCCACGCUUCAAGUCUCCUGGAUUUUGGAGCGCUGCGGAGGACGCUCUGGAUCUGAGGGUUCACUAG